AUGUACGAGAAACAAUAUUUAGACCAGAAGUUCGGAAAAUUAAAACCGGAAUCAAAACUAAACGAACACGUGGAACACAAUCUAUCCUCUGGGCAGUUGUCUGAACAAGAACUAAGCGUGCUGAGCCAUGAAACCAACUUUAAUAUGGCAGAUGCUAAGCCAGCCGAAUUUAUCGCGGCACUGGAAGCCAUGCUAGUGCGAACCAACGCAGCAGCCGACGUGAAGCACAGUGUGCCAGAAGUUCACCUCCCUAUUAAUGACGAAUAG